AAAAAUAAAAUUUUAGACUUCCAAAUUAUUAAAAUCUUUAUUAAAUCGUCUAAGAUCUCCAAAAUCUCAGAGUCCGCUCCCCAGAAAAAACCAAUGUAACUGAAUGAUAAUAACAAACCCACAUACGACGUUUUGGGGAAUCUAUGUUCAAGCGCUACUAAAUGUAUUUUGUUUUUAUUUUUCUACUCAAAGCUACUUUUAUCGUAGGCCAAUCAAGUUCCAUUCUAUGAUUUAGUAUACAUAUUUAUUUUGAAUUUAAGGAACUCUUGAGAACCUCCUAAGUCCUAACAAAAGUGUUUAAAUAACCUAAUAAAUGUCAUGUUUAAACGUUCUUGAUAGUAUAUAAGGUUUACGUUCCUAACUCAAAUUUUCAACACCCACCAAAAACCAAGACUCUCAAGAUUUUGUUAGAAACAAAAGGUUGGUUUUGCUUAAACCUUCGGUUUCUAACAAAAUCAACGACAAAACUCCACAACAAGAAAUAUAAAACGAAUCUCUGAAAAUAACAAGUUAGUUGUUAUGGAUCAAGAAAACUGAUAAAUGAAAAUCUCUAGAGACGUAGUCAAAAGCUAUUAGAUUUCAAAUAUAGCCUUCCAUGCCUCUUCGGUCUCCAUGGCCAUGUCAUCCAUGGUCCCAUAUUUUGAGAAGAUGAAUAAAAAUGUUGAAAGGUUCUUAUAUUCCCUUUCCUUCUAAUUAGCAAUCAAAUAGUUCCAAAGGUGUAUAUGUUCCAAAGCUAUUAUCAUUACUUUUAAGGUAUUAGAAAAAAGUAAAAAAAAAGAUAUUUUUCAAAAUUUUGUAUGUUUCCAAAGCCACUGUCAUUAACUUUAAUCUAUCUAGAAAACAUAUAUUCUCUUAUGAAUUAACAACAAAAACAUAUCAAAACCUUAGAUAAAGCAAACUAGUUGAGCAAAAUGGAGUUGGUUCAAUGGUAAAUAUCUUAUAGCUACUUAACUCUUUCUUUAAGGAAAUAUUGACUUUAUUAUCUAAUGAAUUUGGUUUAUAUUCAGUCAAUGUAUCAUAUAAAAUAAUGUUCUAGAAACACAUUUAUUAUACAUCCAUAUCUCAUGCAAUGACAAAACUAAAUCAAUUGCAUCAAUUUCUUUUAGUCAGUUGCAACAGAUUUUCCUUAAUAACAUUUUACUAAAUAUAACAAUUUUUUGAUUGGCCAAUCAAACGAUUUAAAAAAAAGGUUUUCACUUUGGAGCCAUAAUUGGUAUAUUCGUAACUUCCCUUACCUAAAGAAUGACCCACUCCAAAAGCAAAAAUAAUAAAUUUGAAAGAAGAAAAAAAAAACAAAUUAAAUAAAAAAAAUUGAAAGUAUAAGUGUGUAUCGAACGAGUCAUGAAGAAGAUAUCAUAUCAUCACCGUCUCUGAAUAAACAAAGUAAGAAUAGAACGAGCAAAGUGUUUGAAGUUCGAAAGUCGACAAAACCUCACUUGAUUCGAUUCAGUUUCGGUUUCUAAGGAUUUGAAACCGCAACACAAAACAAGGUUCCAGAUUUAGUAAUCGAAAGUUUUCUCCUUUUUUUCCUUUUUCAUCCUUAGGGUUCUCCAAUUUCGCCGAUAAAAUCGUGAAAAAAUACCAAAAAAACAGUUCAAAGAAGAAGACGAAGAUAGUCUUCGAAGUUUAAAGGAGCGACACAGGCGAGGAAAGGAAUCGGUGUGUCUUCAGACCCAAAAAAGAUGAACAGGAGUAGCAGCAAUUCAGAAGGUGCUAAAGCAGAGCAGAUCAUAUUCGAGUUCUUCGCCAAAAGCCUCCACAUCAUCCUCGAAUCAAGGACUCCUUUCAUGUCUUCCCGAAACUUCAGCGGCGACCAGAUGAUCUGCUCCCCUUCCCCUUCCUCCUCCUCCUCAUCUUCCUCUAGCGUCAGGCCCCGCGACAAAUGGUUCAACCUAGCCCUCAGAGAAUGCCCUGCAGCCUUAGAGAGUUUCGACAUCGGCCGCAGAAGCAGCCUCGAGCCUCUGGUCGUCGAUGUAGUUCUUGUAGCGAGACAACCAUUUCAGAUGAGUUUGUCAGAUCAAGAUGAGUUAGCGUGUGAGACAAAGAACGAGCAAGUUAUAGAGAGGUGGUUGGUGCAGUACGAUAACAGAAAGGGUAGGGAAGCUGCUGCUUCCAGGUCGAGUAGUAGUAACAGUAAGCUGCAAGUGAUGUAUAAGAAAGCGACUUUGCUGCUGAGAUCACUCUUUGUGAUGGUUAGGCUUUUGCCUGCUUACAAGAUCUUCCGGGAACUCAACUCCUCCGGACAGAUCUGCAAGUUUAAGCUCGUCCCUAAGGUCCCCACCAUUGUCGAGCCGUUCACUCGGAGAGAAGAGGCGGAGAUGCAGAAGUUCGCUUUUGCUCCGGUUGACACCGUCUGCGGUAGGCUUUGCAUGUCGGUGAUGUAUCGCUCUCUCUCUGACGUGAGCUGUGAACACUCGGCUCCUGUCUCUCCGACGUUUAUAACGGACUACGUUGGGAGUCCUUUGGCUGAUCCGUUGAAGAGGUUCCCUUCUCUGCCUCUCUCUUACGGUUCGCCUCCGUUGCUGGCGUUUCAGAGGCGGCAUAGCUGGAGUUUCGAUAGGUUCAAGGCCUCCUCUCCUCCGCCUUCGGUUUCUUGCUCGCCGUCUCCUACGCGGUCGGAUUCGCAGGCGUUGGUUCGUCGUCUUCCUGAUAUACCUACUGGUCGUAGGAAGGAUGAAGAGAGAGACUUCUCCCCUCCUUGCUCUCCUUCAGGACCUGUCUCGAGAGGCAUCACGCGUACUGAGAGUGCUCCUGUUAGAAUCCCGGCUCCUAGUUUUGAGUCCAAGCAAAACUUGGUGGCGCCUUCUCCUCGUUUGAAACUGUUGAGACAGGCUUCUUUGAAGCCUGUGAGGAACAGUGGUGGUGCUGUUGAAUCUGGAGCAGGGUUGGAGAAGCUGUUUCUUUAUGGGAGAGAAGACUUUAGGAGGAGCUCUGGAGUGAGGCUGUCUACCAACAGCUCACCGAGGAUAUCGUUUUCUCGAAGUUCGAGUAGAUCAUACCAAGAAGAUUUUGAUGAUAAUGACUUCCCUUGCCCGUUUGAUGUUGAGUAUGACGAGAUUACUGAUCCUAGCAGCAGACCAGGGUCUUUCGACCAGAGAGGAGAUAUACAUGAACCACCACUUGAGUCAAGCGGCUCCUACCCAAAGAAGUCACAAGAUGCUGCAGUUGGUACUCUUGUGAAUAUGCUGAAGAAAGCUCCGCCUCUCAGACAAGACGUCUCUGAAUCUUCCAUACCUGAGAUUUACUGGAACAACAACAACAAGAAACCUGCAGGGGCUCACGAGGUGGCAGCGGCGUCUAUGACAGCGUCGGGGAUUGCUCUGGCGGCGAAGACAACAGCGGAUGCGUUGGAAGAGUUGAGGUCGUACAAGGAAAUGAAGAAUGUGUUGCUUAGCCAAUCCACAAUGGGUUCUUCCUCAGUUACUACUUCACCCUUUGCUGUAUCAGGAUCUUGACCCUUUCUUUGGGUUUCGGUUUGUUUCUGGUUAGUUUCGGUAUUGGUGUUUUGGUUUUGAUUACAUAAUGUAUAAUUAGCUCGUAAGUUUGAUAUUGGUCGGUAUCCAUGUAAAUAAACUUUGUACCCCAAAAAAAACCAAAAAAACUCUGUAAAUAAAUGGUAAACCUUUAAAAAAAAUAUAAAAUAUAUAUAUAAAGAUA